AAACAUAUUUAGCCUUUCUGUAUACAUGGAUUAAUUUAAUGCGUAACUGAAAGCUUACUACUACAUAAAAGAUUCAAACCACAUUUUGUUCUGAACCUAUUCCUAUUCAAUGAAAAAUAGUAUAGCAAAUCAGUACACUGUUUAGCACACUGUUUAGUACUCGGAAAAGACUGUGAGAGUAAGACGUCUUGAUGUAGUUAAUAAAUCUCUGAUUUACGUUCACAGCUUGGUGGCCCUGUGAUGUCCCACGUGUGAAUUUGUUAUUAAUUUAUUUUAAACACGGCAGUAUGGCAAAGAGUAAAAGGAAAAAAGUUAACGAAUUAAAGCAACAAGUGGAUAAAGCUGGACAGCACCGCAGCAAAAACAAAUAUAAAGAAGAUGCCAAACUCAAGAAAGCCAAACCAGAGGACCACCUUCAACACAUCCCAUUCCGGCUUAGAGAGAUCAUGAAGAGCAAGAACAGAAUGAAAACAGGAUCUGUCGCUGUCAAAAAGUUAAAAAAGGAGGAUCCAGUGAUCGGAGACAUACGGGUCCCACAUUUCAAGAGGGGCAAAAGGGAGAGUGUGAAAUCUUAUCUCAGGCGCAUGGAAAACGAGACAAAACACGUCCUCUUCCUCACCAAGAACCAAGUGGAAAGAAGGCCUGAGCUGGAUCCUGACCAGCAAGAGCAACCCUCUGAUAAGGGCAAAUCUGACAAGAAAAAGGAGUAUGCCAAAAUGAGACUGAACAAGCUACAGCUGAAAAAGCUUGACAGACAAGAAGACAAAUUAGAGAAAGAGAUGUUUGUAGAUAAUAUUCCCUUUGGUGAAGUCACGCUGGCCCCACCAUCACUGAGUAUCAAACCUAGGAAAGCUCAGCUCAAAUCUCCGAACACUUCGAAAAAGCUGCUUCUCAGCUCUCUGCUUGGUCAAACUGCAGCCUCCACAGCCAAGCCCUCCAUGGCCAGACAGAGAGUCAUGGAAGAGGAGAGGCUGCGAGCUGUGGAGGCCUAUCGCCAGCUGAAGAAACAGAAACAGCAGAAACAAGAAGCCGGAGAAACACGAGUGAGGAAACUCAUGGAUUUUGACUGAUAUCACUAAAAAUAAAGGAUUGCUCGGAUACCAUCAUCGUCAGUGAUGGUAUUGGUGUGAAUACACAGUGGUGAACAUAACCUCCAGACUCAUUUUUAAAGCUUAGCCACAAUUAAAGUGACUUUCAAAGGAUAAUGCAAAUAUUUACAUCUGCAGGUCAUAAGUACUAAAACCAUUCAACUUUCACCUUAAUGGCCACAUUUAGUUUAGCAAAGGAACUCACUGUUGUGGCUGCGGGGAACCACAUGCUGGCAGGGAGGCGCUGUCGGUGGCUCACUGUUGUCUCUGUGCUGAGGGUAAUGCGUACAUUUAAAUUUUCCACUGUGUUUUGCAUGUGCAGGUCUGCACAGAAAAAUAAUCAGUAACCAUGGGGUCAUAAAGUUGUAAUACUUAUUUUAAAAACGGGACGUGUCCAAAAAUGUGUGUUUUUGGUUCUGGGCACGCAGUGGUUGGAUGUGACCCUGUUGUGAGCAGAAACAAACAAAUAAAAGUGUACCGCUGCUUGGGCAUCAAACAGGGUUGUAUUAAUAAAUCUGUUUUUAAAUUAAAGCCUGCUGUUUUGUUGCCUAAUUCUGUAUUUCAGUGAGAAGGAAUUAUAUAAUAAAUAUUUGUUUUAAUGGACAGUUUAUCCUUACAUGCUGAGGUUCAUUAGGUUGAUUUCUUUAGUUUGUAGCCACAUGACUGGCUCUCAAAGCAGUUGGUUGAAUCUCAAUGAGAAUAUUCAUGAAUAUAUCUGGCAAACAAAGUGGUCAAAUAUUGUUUCUCUCUAUGACCCUUAGUUUAGCAAUAAAUGCCUUUCCAAAUGCGGACCUUUAAUGAGGGCCUGGUACAGGUAUUUACAUUUAUAAUCUUCACAAGGUUUACGCUCAUGAACAAGGCCUUUGUUCAAACACUGGCUUGUGUUCAAGUUCAGAAAUGUGACUUAUUGACUAUAUCACUCUUGAUGCGAAAGCAAAUGCUUUCUUCAUCAUUUUAAGAAAAGUUAUCAGCUCAUUUUUAUGCUGUUUUACCAAGUCAUUCAGAUUGUAUUUUGUCUGGCCUGUGGGUUGAGUCUUGUUAAAUCACUUGGCUGUCUUUUUAAAAAAAUCCAUUUGUCCUCUGAGUGUUGUCACAGCGAUAAAUAAAUGAACCAAGUGGGGACAGCUGUUUCUGGUUGGAAGGAUUAACUCCCUUGAGCUGAGCAUUGGUCAUGUGUGCAAGACAGCCACUUCUGCUAUCAGCAGAAGCUGCCUGUGCUGAUUUGGAUUUCAGCUAAUUUUAGACAACAGUUUGCUGCUUUUUCCCUCCCAUUCUUUCAUUGUAUAUGUUAUUCACAUGCUAACUAUUUGAAUAAAGAGCACCAAAGGGUAUAUUUAAACAUAAAACCUCAACAUUUCCACAUGUCCUCUGUUACAGAUCUGCAUGGUUUGAUUUCUGGUUUGCCAGGCAUAUCUUUUCCACCUGAGUACUCAAAGCUGUUCACUGUCCAAGCUGGUGGUUGUAAUUGGGAGGGAGAGGCAGAUUCAUUAUGCUGCUAGGCAGCCACAGCUUUCUCUGAAGUG